AUGACGGAAUCACAUUCUUUUGUUCACGAGUUGCUCAUUUCUGUAUAUCAACGAUUAAGUUCUGCUGUUGCUUCGAUUCUUCGACGUUACAAACGCUCGAAACGAAGUUCAAAUUCUAAAAAACACUCACUCCCUAAAGAGACCUUAAGCGAGCAUGUAUCAGUCACCAAAUCAACACUAGGCACCCGCAUGUCUGAUCUCGAACAACUAGCUGAAGAGGCUGGCGUGGAUCUUUCGACGGUCUGGCAGGCGGCAUUGGCAGCGACUCUUCACUUCUAUAACCCAUCUGAAGCUUUGAGCUUCGCAUUUAAUGACGGCAGCAAUGCAUCGUCCGCAGGUUCGGACAAUGAAGCUAGUAUCUGCAGUCUUCGCGUAGAGCCAGCUGAGACUACUAUCGAGCUUUUGCAGAGACUAUACGAUAGUGCUGAGAGCACUGAGACGGAAGAUAAUGCGUCUCCCACUCCUCAGAUCAGCUGGAAACGUGUUGGUGAUGCUGACGCACCAGCAUGUAAAGCUGGGAUCCAAAUUCACAAUCGUGGUACCAUACAGGGCAAUUCUAUCGGGAAUCAAAAGGUUGACGUUUUGUUCAAAAUAACUACGACAAAAAGCGGAAAUAUCAGAGCAAAACUACAGUACUCGCAAGAGAAGGUGCCGGAAAGUUUAGCUUUGAGUAUGCUUAACACAUUUGACCUCGUUCUCAAAAGUAUGCGCAAGGCCCCUUUGAUAUCAAUCGAAGAAUUCAAUGUCUGUUCGCCACACGACCGCAAAAUCAUUCAAAAGUUCACGGCUUCUGUGUCUGAACCAGAAACAAGAUGUAUCCACGAGAUCAUCAUCGAACGGUGUAAAGCAACCCCAAAUGCGAUUGCUAUCACAUCUUCUCACGAGGAUAACAUGACUUAUGGGGAACUCGAUCAUCUCACAUCACAACUCGCGCAUAGACUCAUCGCACUGGGCGUCAAACCAGAAACUUUCGUGCUCAGCUGUUUCGAGAAGUCAAUUUGGGCUAUCAUUGCUCGCCUAGCUAUCCUGCGGGCAGGAGGUGCUUAUAUCAUGGUCGAUGCAAAGAACCCGCCGAAUUACCUAGACUCUAUCACUCGAAGAGCUGAUGUGAGGAUCAUGCUGACCUCGCCAAAAUUCAAAGACCAAUUCAUUGAUCUGGUACCUACCGUUCUUGAGAUUUCGAGGAACACUCUUCAAGCUCUUCCAUUCAAUUCUUUACCACCCGUGGUAAAAGUCAACGCCCAAAACGCAUGUCUCAUUCUCUUUACUUCGGGUAGCACUGGACAUCCAAAAGGAAUAGUACAAACCCAUCAGUCGUACGCAACUGCCAUCCGAGACUACGCUCGAAUGCUCAACCUGGGACCACACAGUCGUAUGUUGCAAUUCGACGAUUACACCUUCGACAUCAGCAACAACGACUACUUCGCACCCCUCAUGACCGGCGGCACCUGUUGCGUUCCUCGCCCAUGCAGCACUAUCCCCCAACUCGUCCGCGAAAUCAACGAAACAAACGCAACCUCCACCUUCCUCACCCCCACCGUCGCCAUCCAACUCCCACCCUCCCUCGUCCCCUCCAUGAAACUCCUCUGCGUCGGCGGCGAAGCCAUGUCCGCCGACCUCCUCAAGAAAUGGUCUCCUCACGCCAAAGUCAUAAACCAAUACGGCAUGGGCGAAGUCGCCACCUUCUGCGCCUACGAUGACCAUCCGUCGCCAUUAUCCGCUUCCUCAAUCGGCAAGCCAGGCUGCAACACCAUCUGGCUCGUCUCGCUCUCCUCCCCCGAACGUCUCACCCCCGUCGGCGCCGUCGGCGAAGUCCUCAUCGAAGGCCCCAACCUCGGACGCGGCUACCUCGACCCCCUAAUCCGCACCACCGGCGCGCGCUUCCUCCCCACCACGCCCUCCUGGUUCGAAUCCAUCCAUCCAGACCGCAAACCCUCGCAAUUCUACCUCUCCGGCGACCUCGCCCGGUACACCCCCUCGGGGACCCUCGAGUUCGUAGGCCGCAAAGACCUCAUGCUCAAACUCGACGGGUGCCGCAUCGACGCCGUAGAAGUCGAACACUGCGCGCGCGCCAGCUUACACGCGAAAGACGCCAUCGUCGUCGACCUGCUCGGCGCCGUUGAAGAAGACUCGUCGCCCGUGCUCACCGCGUACCUGUAUCUCCACGACCAUCCCUUUGCCGCGGCGGCCGCCGCCGACUCGACGGGCUUUCUCCCGUCUGAGAAGUGUGCGGUUGCGACGAAGAAGGUUGAGGGUGUGGAGAGGGCGCUGCGCGGGAUUCUGCCGGGCCAUAUGGUGCCGGCGAGGUGGGUGGUUGUUAGUCGGGUGCCGAGGACGGGGAGUCGGAAGACGGAUCGGAAGAUGUUGAGGGGGGAGGCUGAAGGGUGGUGGAGGGCUCAGAGGGGGUGA